AUGAGUGAGUUAUAUAUUACACAACCUACUCUUGAAUACUUUGAUAGAGAAUCAGGUUUUACACCAGAACAAAUGAUUCAAAAAAUAUCAACAUCAACAACACUUUAUGUGGGAAAUGUUAGUCAUUCCAUGAAUGAUAAGAGAGUAUAUACAUUAUUUGGAAGAUUUGGAAAUAUUAACCGAGUUAUUAUGGGUGUUAAUCAUUCAAACGAACCAUGUGGUUUUUGUUUUGUAGAAUUUAAUAAAAGAAAUGAUGCUGCAUUAGCAAUGAAAGCCUUAGAUAGAACUCAAGUAUUUGGACAAUAUAUUAGAAUUGAUUGGGAUUAUGGUUUUGUUGAAGGAAGACAAUACGGGAGAGGAGAUGGUGGUGAACAAAAACAAACUCAACGUAAAAGAAAGUUUUAUAAUCAUUCUGAUAAUUAUAGAAAUGAAAGAAGAUUUGAAUUUCAUGAAGACAAUAGAAGAAAUGACUAUGACGAUGGCUGUGAGCCUAGAAGAAGAUACGUUGAUGAAGAAGAUCAAUUACCUUCACGUAGAGGAGAUAGAAGAUAUUAA